AAAGCAGACAAGCAGAGACGGAGGGACUGCUCCGCGGCUUGUGGCAGGAAACACGCUACCAAAUUCCCCACAGGAUUCCUCCAGCGAGUGUCCAUGUAGUCAGCUGUUACACGGACUGCUCGGCAGUAGAGGGGAUGUGGGAAUCCUAUCUGUGACCCAGAGGCACAUGCUGACCAAUGAUGGGAAAGUUUUACCUGCUGCAAGGCCUAUCAGCUCCACUGAGAUGACCCCAGGAGAAGAGAAACUUGGAUGACGGUGUGAGCCAGGUGGAUUCAACGUCUGGGCCAAGAUAUCCUCACACUGAGCCGAAACAAAACCCGUUCAAGUCGACACAAAAACCGUACACUCACUGACUCCCCAUCAGCUGUCGCAAUGCUGAUGCCAGGACCGCUGUGGGCGUGCCUGGCUCUGAUGUGUUUAGGAAGCUGCAGUGCCCACAGCCUGUUUACCUGCGAGCCUAUCAAAGUGCAUCGGUGCUUGGGGAUGCCCUACAACAUGACCUUCUUUCCCAACAUGAUGGAGCACUACGACCAGGAUAUUGCAGCCAGUCAUAUGGAGCCAUUCAUGCCCCUGGCAAACCUGCGCUGCUCUCUAGACGUCCACCACUUCCUGUGCCAAGCCUUUAUCCCAGCAUGCACCGAGGAGAACAAGGUGAUCCGUCCAUGCAGAGAGGAGUGCGAGCUCGUUCUGUCCGACUGUGAGGAGAAUAUACGAAUUUUUGGUAUCACCUGGCCUCCUGAGCUACAGUGUGACAAAUUGGAACCAUGUGGCUUUUCUGAUGGCUCAGCACCUCCUGCAACCACCGCAAUGACCUCGUCAUCAGCUAAGAGGGACCUUGGCUUCUGGUGCCCACUGCAGCUGAAGACUAAGCCAGGCCAUGGGUCAUCGUUCCUGGGUGCCCAGGACUGCGCUCCCCCUUGCUCCAACAUGUACUUCAAACCACACGACAUUGAAUUUGCCAAGAGCUUCAUCGGCGUGUGCUCCAUCAUCUGCUUGGGCGCCACUCUCUUCACCUUCCUGACUUUCCUAAUCGACGUCAAGCGUUUCCGCUACCCAGAGCGCCCCAUAAUCUUCUACGCCGUCUGCUACAGCUUUGUCUCGCUCAUAUACUUCAUCGGUUUCCUGCUGGGGAACAAUGCAGCCUGUACCAAAGCAGCUCAUCCCGCAGGAGUGGAUACAGUGGUGCUGGGCUCUCAGAGCAAAGGCUGCACUCUGCUUUUUAUGCUGCUCUACUUCUUCUCCAUUGCCGGUAUCGUCUGGUGGGUCAUACUCACCAUCACCUGGUUCCUGGCAGCUGGACCCAAGUGGAGCUGUGAGGCCAUAGAGAAGAAAGCGGUGUGGUUCCACUCUGCUGCCUGGGGGAUCCCGGGGGCACUAACUGUCAUGCUACUGGCUCUGAACAAGGUUGAAGGGGACAACAUCAGCGGCGUUUGCUUUGUGGGCCUCUACGACCUGGACGCCCUGCGCUACUUUGUUCUGGCUCCUCUGUGUCUCGGCGUCGUCGUCGGCCUUUUCCUCAUCCUGGCAGGCAUCGUUUCUCUCAACAAUGUCCGGCAGGUCAUCCAGCAUGACGAGCGCAACCAGGAGAAGCUGAAGAAGUUCAUGAUCCGCAUCGGCGUGUUCAGCUGCCUCUACCUGGUCCCGCUGGUCACCCUGCUAGCCUGCUACACCUACGAACAGAGUCACCGCAGCACCUGGGAGAAUACCUGGAUCAACGACCGCUGUCAAGAGUACAGCAUCCCCUGCUCCUACAAGACAACAGAGCUCGACCGCCCUGACCUCUCCCUGUUUCUGGUGAAAUACUUAAUGACGCUGGUGGUUGGAAUAUCUGCAGUGUUCUGGGUCAGCAGCAAAAAGACCUGCUCCGAGUGGGCCUACUUCUUCAACAGGACCCGCAAGAGAGAUCCCAUCAGCGAGAGCCGCCGGGUGCUGCAGGAGUCCUGCGAGUUCUUCCUCAAGCACAACAGCCGCGUCCAGCACAAGAAGAAGCACUACAAGCCGAGCUCGCACAAGCUCAAGGUCGUCUCCAAGUCCAUGGGCACGAGCACCGGCGCUGCACCCUCCCGUGCCUCCACCGCCGCCACCAUAACCAAUCAAGGAACCUCUGCGCUGGGCAAUCAUGACCCCCAUGUGCAAGGUUCUCUGUCUGAGGCCUCAGUCAGGGAGCACCUGGACAGGGGCACCUCCAGCCGAAGCUCCAGGAGGGGGGAGAGGGAGCGGGGAGAGAGACGCAGCAAAGGAGGGAGCUCCAGUAAGAUCAGCAGCCGCUCAGAGAGCAUACACAGAGUCCCAGACGGGAGGAUGACUCCGAGGAGCGAGCUGUCAGAGGCCAGGCAGGUCCCCAGUGGACAGCAUCCAGCUUUAAACCUAUCACACAGCAGCAGCAUCCAGGACUCAGCCCACCAGCUGGUGCACCGGGUGCCUGAGGAGAGCAAGGACACAAAGGACAACAGCUGCUGAGACAUCUGACCCCCCCCAAAUUUAUCAGUCCAUCCAUCCAUCCAUCUGUGAAACCACUCGCUCAUGUAUCUGUUUGUGUCAUUCAUCAUAUAAGCUUCAUGCGUCAGAUUAUGAUUGUAUUGCUUACAAUGUAGACAGUGAAUGUUCAUUGCUUGCAAAAUGUAACACACCUUGAGUAUUUCAAAUGCGGCGUGUUCAGAAUCGGUGGGUUUCAGCAGAAAGCCUAACAGCUAUGGAUUAUUUAGUUAACGUCACAUCUGAGUCUUUGAGCUUUACUGAGCUUCUUGGCGUACGCCUGAAUGUUGCAGCAGCACAGCUGUGUUCCGCCUACACAUCUACCAAUGGUCAUUUCAUUUUUAUAGCAUACACUAAAGACUGUAGUUCUGCUGUUUUGUAGACUGCUAGCUGGAUAGCAUAGAAUGCAUACUAGUACACAAAUGCAAUAUUUAUGUAAAUACUUUUUUAGAAAUGAAGUCUUUCACUGGACUAGUCACUACACUGGGUGUUAUGUUAAGAGAGGUCAUGAUAUUGCCAAACAUUCAACUUAAGGAGAGUCAUACUGUGGUAAACAGUUUUUUGAAUGUCUUUUUGUUCUUCCAGGAGAUAUGUAACACACAUAUUGUGCUACUUUACUGCUUCUUUGGAAAAAAAAAAAAGCAUGCUCUUAAAA